AUGGAGUUUGAAAACCAAACAGAACUGUACUACAUCAUCGUGGGCUUCCCAUACCCCCUCGAGCUACGAUUCCCGUUGUUCUUCUUCUUUUUUCUCAUUUACCUGCUGACAGUCUUAGGAAACCUUCUCAUCCUCUUGGCCGUGGGAUUCGAGCCCCGGCUGCACAGGCCCAUGUACUGGUUCCUUUGCCACUUGUCCUUCUUGGACAUGACUGUCUCUUCUGUGGUGGUACCCAAGGUGAUUGCUGGAUUCAUAAGCGGUGGCAGGGUCAUCACCUUUGGUGGGUGCAUAGCCCAGUUGUUCUUCUUCCACUUCCUGGGCUGCACAGAAUGCUUCCUGUACACCGUGAUGGCCUAUGACCGCUUCCUAGCUAUCUGCAAGCCCCUCCAUUACGGCACCCUCAUGAACCGGAAAGUCUGCCUCUGCCUCUCCUUUGGAACAUGGUUUGGCGGCUCGCUGCACUCUAUGAUACAGACCUCCCUGACCUUUCACUUGCCCUAUGGCUGUGGGAACCAAGUGGGAUAUAUUUUCUGCGACAUCCCGGCGGUGUUGAAAUUGGCCUGUGCGGACACAUCGCUCAAUGAGAUGACGACCUUUGUGGACAUUGGCUUCCUGGCCAUCACUUGCUUCUGCCUCAUCCUCACUUCCUAUGUAUACAUCAUCUCUGCCAUCCUGAGAAUCCGGAGUGCUGAGGGACGCCGCCGGGCCUUCUCCACUUGUGCUGCUCACAUCACUGUAGUGGUAACUUACUACGUCCCCUUGGUGUUCAUCUACCUGAGGCCAGAUUCCCGGGACCCCCUGGAUGGUGUGGUAGCUGUGUUCUACACCACUGUGACGCCACUCCUGAACCCAGUCAUAUACACCCUGAGGAACAAAGAGAUGAAAUCGGCUUUAAAGAAAUUGGUUGGUCGCCAGUCAAGGAGGAGAAGGAAGGAAGGAAGGAGAAGGAAAGUCAUGCUUAGAUUCACUUGUACCCAAGAAUUGGGCCAUUUCGGCACGUCCUUGUAG